CACAAAGCUUUGAAGAUGUUGCUGUCAAGUUUUCAAAAGAGGAAUGGAAAAUGCUGACUAAGCAGGAUAAAAAGCUACACAGAGAGGUCAUGGUGCAAAACUACGACAACAUGAUUUCUGUAGGGUACAACAUCCCUGUAGAACAUCUGUGGUUACUUAUUAAUAAAAAUGAGACAGUCUCAUCUGAUGAGAGCGAAGGAGGAAUGAAGGUGCAACAAAGUCAUCUUCCUGACAGCGGUAUCGGCAUCCACAGGAAUGUACCUGUAGAUUUCCCUGAUCUGCAGAUUCUACAGUCAUCCCAUGGGAAACAUCAGGAUUCUGAAGGUGACACAUAUCCCUCAGAUAAGAUGUCAUUCACAUUGCAAUGCAUGUUGCAGGCUGAAACAAGACAGCUUAAAAGCUUGGAAAGCAGUGAGUUUAUGAAGAAAACAGAACAAGAAAUGCAUCUGGAAACUUCUGCAGGAGAAAGGCAGGGCAGUUGGCUUAAUGACAGCAGCACUUCAAUGCCCACUAAGAAAAGGUUUUCUACUCUUUUAAUUCACAGUGAAAAAACACAAAACAAUACACUGACAAAACCAUAUAAACGCACCACAUGUGAUAAACGUUUUAGACAGAAAAGUGCUGUUAUAAUUCAUCAGCGUAUCCACACUGAGCAAAAACAAUAUAAAUGUACCACAUGUGACAAGAUUUGUAGGUAUAAAAACAAUCUGGUAAGUCAUCAGCGUAUCCACACUGAGCAGAAACCUUAUGAAUGUACCACGUGUGAAAAGAGUUUUAGGCACAAAAGCAGUUUGGUAAUUCAUCAGCGUAUCCACACUGGGCAAAAACCCUAUAAAUGUGCCAUAUGUGAGAAGAGUUUUAGACAGCAAAGCUCUAUUAUAAGUCAUCAGCGUAUCCACACUGAGCAGACACCAUAUAAAUGCAACACAUGUGAUAAACGUUUUAGACAGAAAAGCACUCUUAUAAUUCAUCAGCAUAUCCACACUGAGCAAAAACAAUAUAAAUGUACCACAUGUGACAAGAGUUAUAGGCAUAAAAAUAGUCUGGUAAGGCAUCAGCGUAUCCACACUGAGCAGAAACACUAUAAAUGUACCACGUGUGAGAAGAAUUUUGGGCACAAAAGCAGUCUGGUAGUUCAUCAGCGUAUCCACACUGGGCAAAAACCUUAUAAAUGUGCCACAUGUGAGAAGAGGUUCAGAGCGAAAAGCGCUCUUGUAAGUCAUCAGCGUAUCCACACUGAGCAGAAACCCUAUAAAUGUACCACAUGUGACAAGAGUUUUAGGCACAAAAACACUAUGGUAAGGCAUCAGCAUAUUCACACUGAUCAGAAAUCCUAUAAAUGUACCAUGUGUGAGAAGAGUUUUAAGCACAAACAGAGUCUGGUAAUUCAUCAGUGUAUCCACACUGGGCAAAAACCCUAUAAAUGUACCACAUGUGACAAGAGAUUUAUACAGAAGAGUCACAUGUUAAGUCACCAACUUCUCCACACUGGACAAAAACCCUACAAAUGCACCAUGUGUGACAAAGCCUUUAGAUAUAAAAGUGACAUGAUAGCUCAUCAAAGCACACAUACUGGGCUAAAACCUUACAAAUGCAAAAUGUGUGAUAAGAGUUUUGAAAAGAAGAGUCACAUGCAAACUCAUCAGUAUAACCACUCUGGACAGAAACCCUACAAAUGCACCAUGUGUGACAAAGGCUUUAGAUGUAAAAGUGAUAUGAUAGCUCAUCAGAACAUACACACUGGGCUAAACCUUUACAGGUGCAAAAUGUGUGAUAAGAGUUUUGCAUACAAGAGAAGUGUAAUAGUUCACCAACGUAUCCACACUGGGAAAAAGCCAUAUAAAUGCACUGUGUGUGACAAGAGUUUUACACAAAAGAGUCACAUGCUAAUUCAUCAGCAGAGCCACACUGGACAGAAACCCUACAAGUGCACCAUGUGCGAUAAGAGCUUCAGGUCUAAAAGUUAUAUGAUAGUUCAUCAGAACAUACAUACUGGGUAUAAACCCUUCAAGUGUACAAUGUGUAACAAGAGUUUUGCACAGAGGAGUAGUUUGAUAGUUCACCAACGUGUCCACACUGGGAAAAAGCCAUAUAAAUGCAAGAUAUGUGACAAGAGUUUUACACAGAAGAGUCAAAUGGUAGUACAUCAGAGUAUCCACACUGGGCAGAAACCUUUUAAAUGCACCAUAUGUGACAAGAGUUUUAGACUUAAAAAUACUUUGAAAAAUCAUCAAAAUAUCCACACUGAUCUAAGAAAUCCCACUGUGACAAAUGAAAGUACUCCUCAAAAAGGAAAAAGUAUGGUAAGGCAGGCAAACAGCAUGAAAACAAAGAGAUGGACACUUAAGGACAAAAAUGAAAUCUUGUUUUGUCAUUUUUAUGCAGCAAACCUGGAGUUUCCAAAAAGGGGUUACAUUUCAAGAGUAAGGGAGCAAGUCGAAAAGAGAAAAGUCAUUGAAAAGGAAAAAAUGCUAAACAUUACAGAUUCCAACCUAAGAUCAGUAAUUGAUCAAAUAAAAGCAAAACAAUAUGUAGAUGAGAAAACACUGAUGAAUUUAGAAAAAGAUGCAGAAAAGGAAGUAUUAAGUGAAAAAAAAAGGCCACAUUUAUUUGCAACCUUAAAAAGAGAGAAAUGGACUCGAGAAAAGAACUGAGACCUAAUGUGGUGCAACUCGUAUGAAGAAAACAAAUCAGUUCUAACUUACAGUCUUAAAUCAAAAUCAGAAAUAUUUGCAAAUAUAUAUAGGUGAAGAAACCCAGACAUGUCAAGUGUUACAAGAGAGAAUAGCAGCACAGAAGUCUAAAGUACUGAAAAGUAAGUAGGUCAGUGAGACAGAAAUGGAGCCAAUUGAAAAUGAAGUGAUAGAUCUGCUAAGAAGUGAAGGAUUUGAAAUGGGAACCCGAGAUACAAAUGCUACUUCAGAAUGGUUAUUCAGUAAAACAGGUACAGGCUGAAGAAGUGACAGGAUGUAGAGCAGUAUUACAGUAAUGAAAAGUGUUCAUUAAUUCAGUUAAAUGUUGAAAGCAAUGAACAUGUUUCACAAAACAAAAUCUCAGGAAGUCUAGCUGGAGAAUUAUUCAAAAAUCAAGAUAUGUCUGUCAUACCUCUCAACUUUACAAAUUUUCGCAGAAUGUCUAGAUUUUUGCUUCAUAUUUGUCAUCUGUUCCUCAUA